UGCGCACAUGAGCUCUGGGGCAAGGGCCGUGGUAUGUUGAGCUGUCAGCUUUGCUCCGAAUGAUGUGUGGGGUGCAAUGACUGGGCCAGCGGCGGAGACUAUGGAAUCAUCGCGGCUUGCAGCCAAUGUGAUUUUCAGGCAUGCGACCUUUGUACAAAGAAAGGGAAGGGCAAAGGCGUGUUGCAAUGCGUUCAUUGCGGCACGCAACUGUGUCUGCAUUGUGAGUUGAAAUGUGCUGUCUGGGGUUGCGACCGAUGUGAUCGGCAGGUCUGUGACCGAUGCAUAUUCGAAGGGAAGGACCGGAUUCUAGGCUGUGAGCAUUGCGAUGCAGUAGGACUGUGCCAGUCUUGCAAUGACAAGGGGAAGGGAGAAGGCAUGCUUGCCAUAUUUUCUUGCAGUUACUGUGAUCGGCAGGUGUGCAAUCUUUGUACGAAGAAAGUUAGCCAAGGUGGCGUGUGGCAAUGUGAUCAUUGCGACCAGCAACUCUGUUUGCGUUGUCUUCGCAUUCACAAGGGUGGCUGCCAUCGAUGUAAUCGGCAUGUCUGUGAGCGGUGCAACAUCCAGGGAAAGGAGAAGGACUCCCUUUGUUGUAGCUAUUGCGAAACAGAACUUUGCCCAUCUUGCAAUGACAAGGGCAAGAGCCAAGGCAUGCGUACCAUAUUGUCUUGCAGCCGAUGUGAUCAGCAGAUCUGUGACCAGUGCGUGGGCAACGCGAGAGGCACAACUGAAUACCGGCCAAUUGGUAUUGCGCUUCGUCAGUCUUGCAAGGACUGGGACUUUUUUGCUAUAAGGAAUCAAGAUCUCAAUUCAAUGCCUGCAAAGCUGAAAAGGGCACCCUUCAAAGGGAAGUCGAUGAAGUCAGGUCUCAACUGACAGAUAGCUUGGCAGGUCUUGAGGCAUCAAGAGCGCAAUUGGAUGCCAGUGAAGCUGAAAAGCGCACCCUUCAAAUGAAAGUCGUCGACCUCAGAUGCCAGCUUGCUGCGGCUGAACACCAAUCGAAGCUUGAGCCAUUUUCGCAAGUGAUGCCUUCCUGUGAUGAACUGGCCGACUUUCUCAGAGACACCCUCCCCAAUCUCCGACCAGAGAUGCAGGCCAAGGUUACAAUCCAAGCCCUACGGUGGACCCACAACGGCAUCAAUGCCCAGCUUGCUUUCGGAGACGACCACGAACAUGCAGAAGAGUCCAUUUUCAAGCUUUUUGAGCAACUCUUCCGUGAAAGGCUGACACCGCUUGAAUUAACCGAAGAAGACCCGCUUCCAGUGUUUUUGCAUCGGGGUCCUGACCAGCAUUUGGGCUUGUACUCUCGCCGCAACCGUAGACUUACGACCUUGCUGAUGUAUCAAGCGCUUCGCCGAGAAGAACUUGUGAAGGUUCUCGUCCUUGUGUGUUCGCCGCAAGAUCCAAAGUGGAGAAAAGACUGGCAGAAGGCUUACGAUGGAUCCACAGGUUUGUCCAUUCGACCACACGAAGGCAGAAGGGCCCGUGCUCGCCAUUGUGGUGUGCCUCUCUUUGAAGGGAACAUGCACAUGUUCAAAGACACUUUGGCUCGGGCACGGGCAAGGCCACACUCCCAGAAAGUUCAAGAAGCUUUGGAUCUUCUUGCUAGUCGGAUGAAGCAAAGGCCUUCAAGCCGGGCCAAAGAUGAAGAAUCUGUGACGUUUGCCAACACAGAGGGAGGGGAAGAAGUCCUCUCGUCACCACCAACCAGGCAACAAGGUCGGACAGGCAAAGGACGAGGAAGAGGCAAAGGCAAGGGCAAGUGACAUUCUCUUCACUCAAAAGCAGAAUGACGA